CAGGCACCGAGCUCGGAUCGCAGCAGCGGCGCCCGUGGGCCGGGGCGCGCCAGCCGGGUGGAGAUGUCUGCCCAGAGGUCAAUUUCCAACAGAACGUCCCAGCAAUCUGCAUCUAAUUCUGACUACACCUGGGAAUAUGAGUAUUAUGAGAUCGGACCAGUGUCCUUUGAAGGACUGAAGGCUCAUAAAUAUUCCAUUGUGAUUGGAUUUUGGGUUGGUCUCGCGGUCUUCGUGAUUUUCAUGUUUUUUGUGCUGACCUUGCUGACCAAGACAGGAGCCCCACACCAAGACAAUGCAGAGUCUUCAGAGAAGAGAUUCAGAAUGAACAGCUUUGUGUCAGACUUUGGAAGGCCUCUGGAGCCAGAUAAGGUGUUUUCUCGUCAGGGCAAUGAGGAGUCCAGGUCUCUCUUUCACUGCUACAUCAAUGAAGUGGAACACUUGGACAGGGCCAAAGCUUGUCACCAGACCACAGUCCUCGACAGCAAUGUUCAACUCCAGGAAGCCAUCAGAAGCAGCGGGCGGCCAGAGGAGGAGCUGAACAGGCUCAUGAAGUUUGACAUCCCCAACUUCGUGAACACGGACCAGAACUCCUCCUUUGGGGAGGAUGAUCUUCUGAUUUCAGAACCACCUAUUGUUCUAGAAAAUAAGCCAGUUUCCCAGACUUCAUACAAAGACCUGGAUUGAGAAACAUGCUCUGUAGAGUGUCUUCCUGAAGAUGUGGGUUUUGUCUUUGUAUAGCAAGAAAUCUCCAUUCACCAAAAUUGUGUGUGUGUCUGUGUGAGUGAGAGACACAGAGAGAGAGAUGGAGAAAGACAAAGAGACAGAGAGGAGAGCCCCCUCAGAAGAGAGCUGAUUAAGCCAAGAUUUAUGCCUUUAAACACAGUUGGGGUUUUUUUUAGAUCAAAGUAUUUACACUGUCUCAUCUUCCUUAUUGAAAAAUUUGGCCACGUACUCGGUGUCAGCAUUCUUGAAUGGGGGUUGGCAUACUGUGUUCCAGUCUGGCCCUGCUGCUACCAUGCUCUACCUUUAGCAAGUUGCUUUACUACUCUGGGCUGCCAUAUUUUAACUGUAAGUGAGGAGUCUGGAGUAGAUGAUCCAUUCCAGCUCUAAUAUUUUGUGAAUCUAUGACUUUCCAUCCAGAGUAGGCUGGGAUAUACCUGAAGUAGUAUAAACUAGGGCACUGCCUCCUAUCUCUUGUUGUAGAAUCCUCAUGUCUAUACCUUCCACUCAACCCUCAACUGAGCCCAGCUUUCAUCAGGGGCCCGAGUAUCUACCAGGAUGUGAGGAGACUUGUCUCACACAGACACUGUGGCUAACAUUUCUGUUGGUUGAGCUGAAACAGCUCUUCUGAGGACCUGUAACCGCUCAUGCUCAAACCUGGGGGCAGUCCUGCUGCUACCCCCCCAGGACGAGUACCAAUCCAUGGUACAUCACAUGGCACUUCUGUCCCCAAGAAAUGUAGGGAAGGUUGUCAGCUGAGUGAGGGAAGGUGACUUCAGUGUCUCUGUGUUAGUGUAUCUGUGUCUGGUUACACUGCUGUGCCAUUGGCUAUGGAACAAGAAAAGUGCUAUUUGCCGUGCUAUUCACUUGGCAGAUGCGUAGGUGAUGGUCAUGUGGCUAGUGUGUGGGCGUUGAGCUGAGAUGGUGAAUGGGUUGUAAAUAACCCACCAACAGAUAUUCAGGGUGGCCUGGUGCAAAACAGAAUUAACCCCUCACACUGGUAUUGGAAACAACUUGGCUUUGCACACAGUUGCAUGCAUGGCCAACUGCUAAACUCUGGGUGGCAUUUUCAUUAUGAAUUUGUUCACCACUGUCUUGCUUAAGCUAAAAAAUAAAUGUAUUUGAGUG